CAGGGAUGUGAAUAUGUGAUGAUAUGUGUGGAUGAGGGAAAUUUAACAAUAACCUUGUGCACCCAAUUCUUGAUUUCAAGAUUAAUUCAAAUUGUUUGUUGCAUGAUGGGAACUGUUCAAAUGUAUCAGUACAUGUCCAGCAUGAUGACAUCUAACCUCUUAUAGAAGGUGUAUGUCAUUUUCUAACCGACAAUGGACCUCCUCCACAUAAAAAUACAGAGGUUCUCAUAUUUGAGUCAUUUUGUUGGCAUAUAUGAGGACACCGCCAUCCUUCUGUUAAACUUGACGUGAUGUCACCAACAGAUUUAAAACCCAUCUUCUGAUCUCCAAGCAUGGGAUUACUGUGGAUCAAACAAGAGUCACAGGGAGACAGAUGUUGGAUGAUACAAAGAGCUCUGUGGGUCGAGACGUCGCCGCUGAGGGAUGAUGGUGAUGAUGAUGAUGAUGAAGGAGGAGGGAGAUGGUACAGUGGAGACGAGGGCGGGGCUUUUCUCCUCCAAGAUGAAGCCAACUACCACCAAACAGCAGCCGGCGCAUGUCCUGUAGACUCUCCAGACAAAACAUGAGCUUGCACACAGAGAGGAAGGAGGGAGGAGAGACGAUGGUGAUCAGGGGAGCUGCUCCUGCCUCUUGAUCCCAUCUCACUUUCAUCUCUGCAGCCUCUCGAUCCUCCUCCUCCUGUAAGGCUCGGCAGCCUUUUUUGUUGUUCUACAAACAUUUAAUUAUUCCUGCGCUCCACUGAGCGGUCUGUAGCUGCAAGCUUACUGUGGAUCCAUCACCAUCUGUAGCCAUGUCAGACUCCGAGGAGAUGACGGAGUUCGCCAGCAUCGUGGAGCGGAUCGAGCGGGGAGAGGUCCCUAUCAAGAACAUCGAGCGGGAGCUGAUCUGCCCCAUCUGCAAGGAGCUCUUCACCCACCCGCUCAUCCUGCCCUGCCAGCACAGCGUCUGCCACAAGUGCGUCAAAGAGCUGCUGAUGCUGAACCAUGAUGACUCGUUUGAUGCUGGUUCUGAGAGCUCGGUGUCAGGCAGCCCGAGGUCCCGGGUGCCUUCCCCCUCCAUGGAGAGGCUGGACAGGCUUGUCAGAUCAGGUCCCCGGAAACGAAGCGGAAAUACAGGCUCACAAACUGAGAUAAAUCCAGCACUCCUCUCUUCCCCUGUCCCUCAAAAACGUUCAAUCUCGUCCCCAGGCUGGCGCCGAGGGUCUGUGACUCCCCGGGUGACCACCAUCCCGUGCCCGGGCUGCCAGCACGACAUCGACCUGGGUGAGCGUGGGAUCAGCAUGUUGUUCCGCAACUUUACCCUGGAGAACAUCGUUGAGCGCUAUAGACAGGCCGCACGUGCGGCCGUUGCAAUCAUGUGCAACAUCUGUAAACCUCCAAAUCAGCAGGAGGCGACUAAGAGCUGCAUGGACUGCAAGGCUAGCUACUGCAACGAGUGUUUCAAAUUGCACCAUCCCUGGGGAACACCCAAAGCCCAGCAUGAGUACGUUGGUCCCACCAUGAACUUUAGGCCAAAGGUACUCAUGUGUCCAGAGCAUGAGAUGGAGAAGGUGAACAUGUACUGUGAAGUCUGCAGACGGCCGGUGUGUCACUUGUGUAAACUGGGAGGGUCCCACGCCAACCACAAAGUCACUUCGAUGAGUAGUGCUUACAAGAUUCUCAAGGAGAAGCUAGCUAAGAGUAUCCAUUACCUCAUCAGUAAAGAAGACCAGGUCAGGACUCAGAUUACUGAGCUGGACCGGCUCAUUAAUCAGACCGAGGAAAAUGGACAGCUUGCAGAGCGUCAAGCCAACGAGCAUUUUGAGCGUCUGUUUGAAACCCUUCAAGAAAGAAAAACCGAGAUGCUGACAUCCAUUGAACAGUCCCGCAACAGACGCAUAGACCAACUGAAAGGCCAGGUGGAGGAGUACCGUGGUAUGUUGGAGAACAGUGGUCUGGUUGGUUACGCCCAGGAGGUGCUGAAAGAGACUGAUCAGUCCUGCUUUGUCCAGACUGCAAAGCAGUUGCAUGUCAGGAUUCAAAAAGCCACAGAAUCACUGAAGACCUUCCACCCGUCAGCUGACCCUUGCUUUGAUGAGUUUGUGCUGGACACGUCCAAAGAGGAAACUCUACUGAAAGAGAUGUGCUUUGGUGGAGUCCCAGAUCCCCCUCUGAUUGACUUGUCCCACAGCAAAGUAUAUAAUGAGGCAUCAAUCUGCUGGAGGCUGCCUGAUGACCAUCUACCAACAGAUCACCAUAUUCUUGAGUACCGCAAGCUUGGGGGACCAAGCCAGUCCCCAUCCCUCGAGGGCAGUGAGGACAGUGGAGUCUGGAGGGCUACAGACAAGGUGUAUGGAUCUAGUGCUGGGGUACACGACCUAGAACCUGACAGUCUGUACGCCUUCAGAGUUCGAAGCUGCAGGAACUCCAUGUUUAGCCCUUACAGCCCAGAGGUCUCCUUUCACACUCCACCUGCUCCUAUUUUUAGCUUCCUGUUCAAUGACAAGUGUGGUUUCAGUCCUGAGCGCCUUAAUCUGAACAGUCGUCUGGACACUGUGGAGAGCGUAGCGGGAAUGGCUUUCCUCCUCGCAGCAGAGCGAGUGCAAACGGGCAGCUACAUUGGUCUGGAUUACAUCAUUGGGGACACAGGCAUCUCUCAGGGGAGACACUACUGGGCCUUUAAGGUGGAACCGUACUCUUACAUGGUUAAAGUAGGCGUGGCUUCUGAUACCAAGCUGAUUGAAUGGUUCCACAAUCCAAGAGACACCAGCAGCCCAAGGUAUGACCAUGACAGCGGACAUGACAGUGGCAGCGAGGAUGCAUGCUAUGAGCUCUCCCAGCCUUUCACCCUCAUCACUUUGGGCAUGGGUAAACUCAUCAUCCCCAAGGCCUCUUCUUCCUCCUCUGUUUCCAAUGCAAACGUAUCGUCCGGCGACCUAGGCAAUCGCGUACUUCCCAUGCCGCAACACUUAGGCAUAUGCUUGGACUAUGAUGCACAUCGGGUGUAUUUUUACGAUGCCAACACCAUGAGGUGCCUUUUCGAGAGGCAGGUUGACUGUUCGGGAACAAUGUUUCCAGCCUUUGGUCUCAUGGGCAGUGGGAAGGUCCAGCUGGAGGAGUUCAUCAGUGCUAAGAAACUGACCUUCUGAGGAAGAUUGGAAGGAUGGAUGGAGGAUGUUGACACAUUAGUAAUUGAAUCUAUCAAAUCUCUUUUUGGCCUUUUCUGUGAAGAGCUUGGAGGCUCAAUGGGACUUUUUUUUCCCCCCUGCUCUGAAUGAGAGAACUGGCUUAACUAAUGUGUCCACAUGCAGAGGUCUUUGGAGAUUCAUAUGAAAGGUCAUCUUUGCAAACCAAAGUCUCUGUAUCUGUAAAUUGUAAAUUACCUACUUUUAUUUACCAGCUGGGAUCAGCUGUUAUUAAACUGGCUACAGAAUCAUUAGCCACUUUAAAUCUUGGUUUUAACAUGUACCAUACACUGGGACACUGCUUUAAUAUUCUAGAUCAUUUCUUGUUUUUUAGUUUGUUUUUUUAUAUAGUGUGUGUGUUCUGUGUGUGAAGGUAGCAGCACAGGUUUAGGUGUAUUAUUGGAGGAUCUGAGGGACGGUUGUUGCUAGUUUUGAAGCUAGGACCUUUGUGCCUUUUUUACCCCUUAUAUCAUUUGCAGAGUUACAUUGACUUUAUCUACCAGUUUGCUCUAGUUUAUCCCAAAAACACUACUUUUACUAGUUUUCAAUGUCACAUUUGGCUGUUUUGCACAAUGAGUAAACGAAUGCACAUAAUCACUGCUGCAUCACAGCUUAACUGCUUUUUUUCCCCCAUUAUCUUUAAAUCUUAGCUCAGCAGUAAAAAUAAGGACGUCUUGCAUUCAGUUUCUACACUUUGUUUUAAUGAAUAAUGUUUUAAUGAAUAAUGUGUCACUUUUUAUUUAUAUCACAGAACACUAACUUAGCAUCAGCGUUAUCCAGUUACCAAAAUCUACUGCUGUCCAACUGUGAUAUUAACAGCCUAAACUCUCCAACUCUGGUGCUGAUUUAAGUGCAACACGCACAGCUAUGUCACCUCACAGCCUUUUAACAGUUUAAAGGAAGAAUUUUAUUCAGGUUAAUCUAAAAAUGGUACCUUAACUCUGGUGCACAGCCAUUAGGUGUAGCAUGUUAACCUCUUUUCUGUUCAAGGUUGGCUUUCAUGGAGUAGACGAGUAUGAUGUUGAAUUUUGGGAGCACAGUAGAUGGAUUGAACUGUUUGCACGACACUUUUUUGUUUUUUGUUAAAUAUUGUUUGUGCCUGCACAUGGGUUGGUUUGUACAUCUGUGUAUAAAUAUAUAUAUAGUGAUUUCUGGAGGGUUAGGGUAACCGGUUUUUGUGUGUUUUCUCAGGUUUUUAGCCCAGAUUAGGGCCUGAUGCUACCUACCUCUGUCACUCUGCCCUGGAAAACCUUAACUGCUGUCCCUUUCCUGACAGAAACCGCUGGGGUUGAUUUACAGCUCUUUGUUUUCUUUUAGUAGUUGAGUAUCUAAAUCAUUUUGUUUAGAGAAGACAUUAAGCUGACAUUUUUUGAUUUCUAUCUUUUUUUAACUGCAUACAUACUGAUCCAGACUAUUUUUAUUGAAAUAAAGUAAAUCCUAAAUGUUUGUUGUUGGGUGUUACUGUAUGGACAUGGUGGCCUGUUCAGCUGCCUUUGUCAAGGGAAUUUUUCCAAUGGAACAAACUUCAUUUCUUCCUGUUCAUGGUGUUCUUUGGAAUUCAUUGGUUUUGGUGUAACAAAUAUUAAUAAAUUUUGUUUUUAAUUGUUAACGGAUAUAAUCUCAAUUUCAAAGUGGAUUGUUUGGUUACUGUGACAGUAUGCAUAUUUUAUCCCAUGUGUUUGCAUCUGUUUUACUCCAGUCCUCACAGACCUGAAAUCAUAUGAAAAUCGUACACUCUUUUAAAAAAAAAAAAAAAAAAAUCUAUGCAUUUACCAAUUGGCAGUAAGGGUUCAGUUUUAUUCAUUCACAGAAUGUACUGAUUACAGAACAAAUAACUGAAUGUUUUAUAUGCAAAUUGGUUAUCACACUUUAAAUAAUAACGCACCCUAUAUAUUGCAUUUAAGUCUUGAUUUGGUACUAAAAUGCACCAAUUGGCUCCAUGAUUAAUUACAAGUUUGCACUUUAGUGAUCUGUAGCAUGUUAGGAAAAGUUCUGCCCUGCAGUCGUUUUAAUACUAGUGUUUGUGUGUGCAAUACUAUCAAAUGGGCUGUGAGACUGAAGAGUGGAUACCUGAGCCUUUAGUCACUAUUUGCACUGUUUAAAGGGUGUUUAGUGGUUGUAAAUGGGUUUCUCUUAGAGGAAAGUAAAUUCUAAAUGCUUCGUGACCAAUCUGUCAUCUGAAUUCUAGUCAUGUGUUUUCCUCUGAGGAUUGGAUGUGGUGGUGGUACAUUUUUGUACAUAGUACGUAAAGAUAUGAAAAGGGUAUAUAUAUAUUUUUUUCUUUUGCUGUGUAGGGGCUUCAGUGAAUAAAACGAUUCAAAUGAAA